CCGCAAUGUGUCCUGCAAUUUCCUUCUUUAUCCGAGCUGGAAACCACUGUCAUAGAUUUCCUCCACGAAUUUUAUCAGACUUAAAGGCUACCUAUGCCACACUCCUACCAACAAGCAAUGCAGCAGCAAAUAAAGGUAGAGGCAACCGAGGACAACGGAAACCAAGAAGAGAGCCUGGAGAGCCGCGGACUGAGAAGAUGCCUGUGGACCAGGACUGGACCAGUGUGUACCCGACAGCAGCGACCUUCAGGCCUGGUUCUGUCCCUCUGCCUGUACGUAUGGGCUAUCCAGUGAAGAGAGGAGUGCCACCUGAGAAGAAGGGCAACCUCGAACUCAUCAAGAUCCCAAAUUUUUUACACUUAACACCACCAGCUAUUAAGAAACACUGUGAAGCUCUGAAAGCAUUCUGCACAGAGUGGCCAGCUGCUCUGGACUCUGAUGCAAAGUGUGAGGAGCAUUUUCCUAUUAAGGUGGAAACCCAGGACUAUGUGUCUGCUGGCACUUCACUAAGAAACCCAGAUGCCAGAAUAGUUACACUCACAGUAAAACUGUCUAGUUUGAACCUGGAUGAUCACGCCAGAAAGAAGAUCAUCAAACUAACGGGCGAACGAUACUGCAAAGAGACAGAUACUCUGACCAUCAGAACUGACUGUUGCCCUCUGAGACAGCAGAACUAUGACUAUGCCAUGUACCUUCUGACUGUGCUGUAUCACGAGUCCUGGAAAACAGAGGCGUGGGAGCAAGAGAAGACUCGUGCCGACAUGGAGGAGUACGUCUGGGAGGACAGCAAUUCUCAGAAGAACCUCCUUGAGACUCUGUUGCGUAUGCGGCCAGUCAAAGAAGAGGAGGAAAAAGAGGAGGUGGUGAGGGAGGAACUGCUUGGGCAGCCAGAGGUCCAGGAGUACAAAGAUUCAAUAAGCCGCAUAUACAACGAGGGAGAGAGCGAGAGUAGUAUACAUCAGUACCGCGAGGCUGUGAAGAAACUUUUCAACCUCUGAGGAGCUACUGUUAAAUGUAAUAAAAACAGGAGUGGACACCCCCUCUGGGCCCAUACAUUUUAUCACGUAUGGUAAUGGACUGUAAAAAGACCAAUUUAGCUACACAGCUAAGUUUUGUUCAGCAAUGUUAUACUGCUGGAAACGGAAAGAUAUAAGAGAUCUUAUCAAAGU